CUGAGCGUCGAUCAGCUGGCGGAUGUGACGUCUCUCACAUCCGAUUGUUAUCGCGGAAGUGCAGCAGGCUGCUAGUGAGAAUGAUGCGCUGAAUCUGGGGAUGUGCUCCAGCUGGAUGUAGUUAUGCAGAGCGGCGUGGACUACAGCGAGUUGGGAGGAAGUUUUCCAGCCAUUGCCUCAUUGAACGCCUCAUAUUCCCAGGCGUCUCUCUCCCUUCCCUCCCCUUACUACCCCCCGCUGCCCCCGGGAGAGAGGAAAGCCUUCUCAGACGUACGCCGAACAUUCUGCCUCUUCGUUACAUUUGACCUCCUCUUCAUCACUCUGCUCUGGAUCAUUGAGUUAAAUGGGGGAAGGGGGGGGGGAGUAUAUACUCUUGAAAUACCGUGCCAUGGGAAAACGUUUAUUUUAAAGGCACUCUUGCAGUGUUCCGCAGAGCUGGUGUAUCAGGAGGUCAUUUUACAGCCGGAGAAGAUGGUGCAGUGGAACAGAACAGUGUCUGUUUGUCAGAUUUUACAGAGAGUGGAUGACAACACAAUGGUGUCAUAUGAUGUUUCUGCAGGAGCCGCAGGAGGUGUCGUGUCUCCCAGGGACUUUGUGAACGUUCGUCGGGUGGAACGCAAGCGAGACUGCUACAUCUCUGCAGGAAUGGCCACCAAUCACAGCAGCAAACCCCCUCACAGUCGCUAUGUCAGAGGGGAAAAUGGUCCUGGUGGAUUUGUGGUGUUGAAAUCUAGCAGUAAUCCUUCAGUUUGCACCUUCAUCUGGGUCCUCAAUACAGACCUUAAGGGUCGCCUGCCACGUUACCUCAUCCACCAGUCACUGGCCGCCACCAUGUUCGAGUUUAUGUCUCAUCUCAGGCAGCGUAUAAAUGUCCACGUCUCCUACCGGUGAUCUCUGGCUUUGACUCUUUAUCCAGCCACAGUUUACAUUGUGGUAACUUCAAAUUUCACUGUGCCAUAUUCAAACUACAACUGCUGAGAGGAGAUACAGCAUUGCGUUUGACUGGCGGGAGGUUGUCACGGCUGUCUGCGUCUAGGACAGUUUGGCUGCACUUUACACUGAAGUUUAAUUUUAUAUAAAUGUACUACUGCAGCACACAGAGGUCAUAACUCAUACUGUCAAACCCAACAAGAGCUGGAAACAUGCACAGGAAGUUAUCAGAGAGCAGCUUGUGCUGUAUGAGAGGUCAGGGGAAAAACUGAUUGUGCCUAAAACCACUGUUGUCCCCUAGUGAACACGACUGACGGCUAGGACUGUUUCUGAGCCGAAUAUGCUGUGGUUUCUCAUUCUGCUUUUACUUUUGCCUUAAUCGAACAUGCACACACAUUCAUACUAAUUGUAAUUAUUGUUUUAGAUCUUCUUUUGGUUUGCAAUUGGCUCUUGUGGCCAGACAUUGCUGUAUUCGAUUAUUAAAAGUAAAUGCAUUCAUCUGUAGCAUAGAUCAGCAUCCUGCCAUGUAUAUGAUCAUUUGUCUAAUAAUGUAAAUGGUUAAGAGUUUGAUUAUAUAGUUAUGUCUUAAAUCAACAUAUCCGGUUAACUACGACCCAGAGUAUUUGCAUAAAAUAUGCUGCAACAAAAAAGCUAACUUUUGUGCUUGAUUUUAUUCUAUAAAAACUGGUUCAAAGCAGCUCAAAAUCCAUGUGAAAUUAAUAUAACGGGCCUUUUGUUGAAAUGCAUGCAUUUAUUUCUUGCAUUUAUUGCAUGUCAGUUUGUUUUCUCAAAGAGCAUUACUGUCCACGUUUUUUUGAUUAUACACAUGUUUACCACAUUUAUACAGGGCAUAGCAAUUUAUAAACAGAAACUAAGGCAUAGUCGCUCACUGGUUGUUUGAUUAGUAUUGUCUUAUAGAAAUGCAAAUGUGUCCUACAUUAACAGUUGCCUUGAAGCAAACAAAAUGCAUACUGGUUUUAACAGAGAGAAAAAAACACUCUUACAGGGUAUUGCGCUUCCUUUUAAGGGACAGCACAUGUUGAAGUUGGUUUAUCAGUGGUAUCGUGAAAAAUGUUGAUCUUUUUAAAGUCCUGUUCUGUACUUUGUUUUGCAGCCUUCUUGGCUUGUACUUGUGUGCCUUUGUUACAGUUUCCCUCACUGAAAUCACAAGUUGCUUUCGUUAUUUAGAUUUAUUUUGUAACACUUUUUUUGGCCUCUAUGGACUGUAUCCACAUUUGUUUGUGCAGAGCCUUUUGCAGUUCACUUGAAUUCACUUGUGAUUCAGCUUCUGUGUGAAUGAUAUUUUUAUACUGAUUUACAGUAAUAUGAAGCUAUACAGAAUUGUCAUGUAACUCAAAAAUCAUGAUUU